GAGGAGUCAGCGCGUGUGUUGUUGUUGAAGAUGCGGAAACAACAUCAGAAACAACAACAACCUGCAUUUUGAUCCACCGGGAUAUUUGCACGCGGAGGGAGCAGCAUGCCUUGGUUCAGGAGGAGGAUGAAAAUGUUCCAACUUAGAGAGACACCCUGAAGUUUACUGACUUACUGUGGGGACUACCUCUGUGCUAUGCAUCGGCUGAUUUUGACACCAUUCCGCGGAACUAACGGGUUUGGUUGGACCUGAGUCAUCAUGUCAAAAGUCAUUCAGAAGAAGAACCACUGGAUUACCAAAGUGAACGAGUGCGCGGUUGUCCGGGACGCGUGUGGGGAGCUGAAUGUGGAGCUGCGCGGCGGAGCGGAGAAUGGAGAGUUUCCAUACAUUGGGCAACUUAGAGAGGAUGCUGUGGUUUACCAGGACGGUAAACUCUGCGAGGGGGAGCUGCUCCUGGAGGUUGAGGGGCUGUCUGUGUCUGGAUUACCCCUGUAUGACAUUUUAACUUUGAUGAAGUGCUGCAAAGGUCCCGUCAGGUUGAAAACUGUGCGUCAAGGUCACAAGCUCAACAAGGACCUGAAGCACUACCUGAGCUUGAGGUUUCAAAAGUCUUCGCCCGACCACGAGCUGCAGAAGACUAUCCGAGCCAAUCUGUAUCGCCAUGCUGUGCCUUGUACAACCCGCGCCCCUCGAGACGGUGAGGUCCCAGGGGUGGAUUACAACUUCCUAUCUGUGGAGGACUUCCUAGAACUUGAGGAGAGUGGCACACUACUGGAAAUAGGAACGUAUGAAGGUAACUAUUAUGGGACCCCCAAGCCGCCAAGGCAGCCCAUCAUUGGGACAGUGAUUCUCAGUGAUGCAGGCUCCCGGCAGUCCACCCCAAAGCGCACCAAGUCCUACAAUGACAUGCAAAACGCCCGAGUAGUGCCUGCUGACGACGACGAUGACGACCAGGCCACGGAAAUGAACAACAGUUUUACAGGUAACCCUAACGACCAGGACGAGAGCCGUGGCGGCAUCCUCCGGCCGUACCCCGCACGUGACAAUGCUCCAUCCUGUGGUCUGAACAAUGCUGUCACCUCCACCGCAGACAGUGGGCAGCAGACCCUCGCAGAACCGCAGGUCUCUCCAGAAGACCCGCUGGGACCGCUGCCUGAAAACUGGGAGAUGGCCUACACCGAGAAUGGAGAACUUUACUUCAUAGACCACAACACAAAGACCACAUCCUGGCUGGAUCCUCGGUGUAGAGACAAAGCCUCCAGGCCUCUGGAAGAGUGUGAUGAUGAUGAAGAAGGGAUACAUACGGAGGAGCUGGAGAGCGAUUUAGAGCUGCCUCCAGGAUGGGAGAGAAUAGACGACCCAGUGUACGGGGUGUAUUAUGUAGAUCAUAUAAACAGGAAGACACAGUAUGAGAACCCAGUGGUGGAGGCGCGGCGUCGGAAAAUCCUGGAGCAGCAGCAGCAGCCGCAGCCUCCAGAAGAGUGGAUAGAGGAGCACUCCUCAGCAGCGGCUCCUCUGGCAAACUACGCUCCAAACCACCUGGAGACCUACAGGGACCCGCAGGUGCCGCCAGCUCUACCUCCCGGCCCUGCGGGAGUCAAACGAGGGAAGCCUUUCUUCACAAGAAACCCAGCAGAGCUGAAAGGAACCUUCAUCAACACAAAGCUGAAGAAGAGUCGCCGCGGCUUCGGCUUCACUGUGGUUGGAGGUGACGAGCCAGAUGAGUUUCUGCAGAUCAAAAGUUUGGUGCUGGACGGGCCUGCAGCUGUGGAUGGCAAGAUGGAGACAGGUGAUGUGAUAGUCAGUGUGAAUGACACCAUUGUACUGGGCUACACCCACGCUCAGGUGGUGAAGAUCUUCCAAUCCAUCCCCAUCGGCUCCAUGGUGGACCUGGCCUUAUGCCGUGGCUACCCGCUGCCCUUUGACCCCGAUGACCCCAACACCAGUCUGGUGACCUCAGUGGCGAUCUUGGACAAGGAGCCUAUCAUCGUCAAUGGGCAGGAGACAUUUGACUCGCCUUCCAACCAGGCUGGACCCGUUAACGGCAUGAGGGAGCCCCGGCCGCACAGCCCCUCAGCCGAGGUGGCGUCUAACGGUUCGCACGGCUACACCAGCGAUGUGGUCACCCUGGCCUCAUCCAUAGCCACUCAGCCUGAGCUGAUCACCAUCCACAUGGAGAAGGGAGACAAAGGAUUCGGCUUCACCAUCGCCGACAGCCUCACGGGAGGAGGGCAGAGGGUCAAGCAGAUAGUGGACUAUCCGCGCUGCCGUGGCCUAAAGGAGGGGGACAUUCUGAUGGAGGUCAACAAGCGAAACGUCCAAAAUAUGAGCCACAACCAGGUGGUGGACCUGCUGAGCAAAUGUCCCAGAGGCAGCGAGGUCACCAUGCUCGUGCAAAGAGGAGUGGUACCAGCCAAGAGGAGUCCGAAGCUGGUGCACCAGUUAGAGAGGAAAGACAGCCAGAGCAGCUCCCAGCACAGUGUGUGCAGCCAUCGCAGCACCCACACCGAUUCUCCAAGCCACCCACCCUCUGCCAUGCCCAGUGAGGCUGUGGCUCCCACUCCUGCUGCCCCCACCCAGCCUCUGCCAGGCCUGCCCCCUCAGGACCCUGCAGAUGGCACCCUCACCCUUCAGAAGAAACCAGACCCCUUUAAGAUCUGGGCGCAGUCCAGGAGCAUGUACGAGAGCCGACUGCCAGAUUGCCAGGAGCAGGACAUUUUCCUUUGGCGGAAGGAUACAGGCUUCGGCUUUCGCAUCCUGGGAGGAAAUGAGCCCGGGGAGCCUAUCUACAUCGGGCACAUAGUGAAGUACGGGGCAGCAGAUGAGGACGGGCGCCUGCGGUCGGGCGAUGAGCUCAUCUGUGUGGACGGCACGGCGGUGGUGGGCAAGUCUCACCAGCUGGUGGUGCAGCUGAUGCAGCAGGCUGCCAAACAGGGCCAUGUCAACCUCACUGUCAGACGCAAGAGCCCCGGAUACGGAGUGUCAAAAGGAGAAGGUGACGUCCCUCCAUCACCGGCCUCCUCCCACCACAGCAGCACCCAGGCACCUAGUCUGACAGAGGGCAAGCGGACCCCCCAGGGGAGCCAGAACUCGCUCAACACUGUCAGCUCUGGCAGCGGAUCUACCAGUGGCAUAGGCAGCGGCGGCGGAGGUGGCAGCGGGAGUGCGGUGGUGCCUGCCUCCCUGCAGCCGUACGACGUGGAGAUCCAGCGCGGAGAGAACGAGGGCUUCGGUUUCGUCAUUGUGUCAUCUGUUUCCAGGCCUGACGCUGGCACCACCUUUGCUGGAAAUGCUUGUGUGGCCAUGCCCCACAAAAUAGGCCGCAUCAUUGAGGGCAGCCCGGCGGACCGCUGCGGGAAGCUGAAAGUCGGGGACCGAAUAUUGGCUGUCAACGGCUGCUCCAUCACCAACAAGUCACACUCGGACAUUGUCAACCUGAUCAAGGAAGCCGGGAACACAGUCUCGCUCAGGAUCAUCCCUGGUGAUGAAUCUUCCAAUGCUUCUCUGCUGACCAAUGCUGAGAAGAUAGCUACCAUCACCACCACACAUACACCUCAACAGUCCACAGAGUUACGGAAUAACUCAAAGUCGAAAGGAGCACCUCCUCCUCCACCCACACAAACUCAGACAACACAGGAUGCCGAGUUCUACUCUGUGGACCUCGAGCGUGACAGUAAAGGUUUCGGCUUCAGCCUUAGAGGUGGACGGGAGUACAACAUGGACCUGUAUGUGUUGAGACUAGCGGAGGAUGGGGCUGCUGUCAGAAAUGGAAAGAUGAGGGUGGGAGAUGAGAUCCUGGAGAUUAAUGGUGAGAGCACAAAGAACAUGAAGCAUUCACGUGCCAUUGAACUGAUCAAGAACGGUGGUCGGAGGGCGCGGCUGGUCCUCAAACGGGGAGAUGGAUCUGUACCUGAAUAUGACGGCAGCAGUGACAGGCACCCUCCCACACCCGGGGCACAAAACACUCCGGAAGUGAGAACGCUGCCACCCAACAGCCGAUAUCACACCUCAUUGGAGUCCAGUUAUCCACCAGACCUUCACAAACCAUCACGCCAGGAGGAGGCUGCGCGUGGCCGAGACAGGGACAGGGACAGGGCUGGGUCAGAUCAGAUGGACUACCAAGGCCGGCAAUUUAACCCCCACCAUCAUCACACUUGGAAUAACAAUCACAGUCAAAGUACCCCCAGACAGCAGUCUCCAGACAACAGUAUCAGCAGUAGCAGUGGCAACAAGAAGAGCCGAGGCCGCAAAGUCAAGAAGUCAGAGUCGGAGAGCGGCAUCUCUAAACUCCUAAAGACUCUGAGGAAAGACAGCUCGGGGAAGAAGGCUGCAGCUGCUGAGAAACUGAGGGGACGAGAGCUCUCAAGCAGCAGUUCUACUUUGGACGGGAGGUUUCGUCCGCAGCGACGCGGCUCCCUUGACCGCUCACCAACCCGAAAGCGCGCCUCAUCUCCUGAUCGCCGGCGGGCCAAGUCGAUGGACCGCAGGGCAGAGCGAGCACAUCGGGACCAUACACCUGAGAGGGAGUACGAUGAUGGAGGGUUCCUCGCAGUCACUCCUGAACGCAAGUUCUAUGAGCGGAGGCUCCUCAAGGACUCACAGAUGGCUGGGCGAGUCAGGGAGACCACAACCCCUGAGCGCACCAACAACAACGGAGAUUCCUUGUCUCUUUCCAGGGGCCGUACUUGUGAUAGAGCCACGAAGAACGGAAACCUCCUGAGAGACUCUUCCUCAGAGAGGACGGAGGAGAGAUAUCGGCUGAACGGGACACCGGAGAGACGAUACAGAGUGGAGCGGGACUCUUCCCCUGACAGCACCUACAGCCGGGACGAGCUGAACUAUGCAGCAGCACCCAGACUGAAGGAAUAUUACAACAUGAUGAAGAACAACGCUGCACACAACAAUGCUGCCUACAACAACACAGGCCAUAACAAUAACACAGUAGGUCGCAGCCCAAACCAGCUCCCUGAGCCCAAAAGAAGGCUGUACAAAGAAAGCCCCAAAGACCUCAGCAUCUAGAGCAGAGCAGAGAUCCCCCUCGCCACUCUCUCCUCUAUCUGUGCAAACUACAGUAUGUACCAUACACUGGAAUUGGACUUCUGAGGAUACUAACUCUUGUGCUUUAUUUGGUCAACUGGUGUAUUGAUUGAUUUGAUUGACUUAACUACUUGUGAUCCCAGCCAGAGAUUGAUAAAACAGCAGGAGUACAAUCCUUCUAUCAGUUCAUACUGGUUGUUUUGUCAUUGUUAUAGUUAUUUUGAACAUAACAGAGGUUGUUGUACUAUAGUAAAAGGUAUUGUAUGUGCCUGCAUAUGAAAUCAGUGAUAUUGCUUUUUGUAGGCAUUGCUGAAUCUAAAUAUUUGUUCCCUCAGAGGUAUGAAACAUGCUUCCAGUUGUGGUAACUUCUAACUAACUACUAAGCUUGUUUUCAACUUGUUUUUAGAUGUCUUUUCCAUUCCUGAAUCGCUUUACUGAACAAACUAUAGCACAAGACACUGAUGGUUCACAAGAACUGUGAAAAUCACGUUGGACUUAAGGCAAAAAUCUAAAUUUAAAAUCUGAUGGUAAAACUAGAGUGAUGAUUAUAUAAAUAAUAUAUGACUUUUUUGCUCACUAUUUAUUUUUUAAUUUGGCACAUAAUCUUGAGCAAGCUUCGUAAAACCUUUAAGGACCAAGGUAGAAGUGCACACUGUACCUGGGAAAGCAUGCUGUACCCUUACUUGUGUUGCAUCGAUGAAAUGUGUGGCAGCUCACCGCCCUUUGCCUAAAUACACUCAACCCACCUCUGAAAUUAAGAAAGGAAUCAGACAACUGGUGUGAAAAUUGGCAAUGGGGUUAUUAGUUUCUCCCUUUGAGUAGGAUUAUAAAAUAACUUCAAUACUCUGGCCCUUUGUUCCUUAGUGUGUACUGAUGUAGCUGGGAAGGAACCUGACUCACUUUCAUCUACAGGCAAAAUUGAUCCAGUAGACUCUCUGUUGUGGGAAAAUGGGAGUUAUCUAAAUUUGUUGCUCAUCUAAAUUUCAAUUACGUACUUUAGAUGAGUCUGCAUUAUGCCACAACACCAGCUUAAAGUUGCCAUAAAAUAUGAUUUUUCAGAUAUGCCAAAAAAAGAAGUUAAAAAAAAAAAAA